ACGCUUUGCAACCCGUAAACCUUCUCGUGACUGAGCGCAAAGGCGACAGUCGUGCAAGGACGACGACCUGUCACGAUGACGGUCAGGCUGACUGCUCUCCUGCUCCUCAGCACGUCGCAUCUGAUCCAAGCGUUGCAACCAGUGUCUUUGGUCACGGCGGAAGUUGGGGUUAACAUCACUUUCGUAUGCCCACGCUCCGAGAAUAUGGGAGACAUAUUUUACUGGUACAAGAUGAAGGUCGGAUAUAUGAUCCAAACAAUCGUGGAGGGCUACUUUGGAGAACUGUCCCUUCGAGGUCAGUUUAAGAACGGAAGAUUCGAAAGCACGCGUGUGGGUAACGCUUACAUUUUAAACAUCGCAAACGUGAGCAAAGAAGACGAAGCGACGUACACCUGCCAAGCUGGGACAUCGUACAACAUGAGGUUUAUUGACAGCGCGCAUUUGCUUGUGAAAGAUCCCACACACAAGACCUUCUAUGUAAAGCAAAUCCCGCGAGAAAAGUCCGUCGACGCAGGCCAAUCGGUGACGCUCCAGUGUUCGAUUCUCUCGGAGACCAAGGGGAACGUCAGCGAGUGUCCAGACGAAUGCAGCGUCUACUGGUUCAAAUCCGGAUCAGGUGACGCUUACCCGCACAUCAUUUACACAGACAGAGAUGAAGAAAAGGCCAAAGGGAGUUGUGUCUACCAUCUGUCCAAACUCAUACAGAACUCUUCUGAUACUGGGAUAUACUACUGUGCUGUGGCAACAUGCGGACAGAUCCUGUUUGGCCAAGGAACAAAUGUGGAGACGCGACAAGAUCUGAAACCAGUUGGCAUCGUGCUCGGGGCUCUGCUCGCCUCCUCCGUGAUUGUGGUCGCGGUUGUCAUGGUCUAAGCUCCUUGGAUUUAUAUUUUCAUAUGCGUGUUAUUUUAUAUUUCAGUAAAAGCUUGAAAAUGGUAAAAUCAAGACGUAAUGAGUUCAACUGUCCUCAUUCAGCUCACAUUUGUUUUCCUAAUGUGGGUUUUCAUUCCUGGGUCCGUACAUCUGACAAAUGGCGGAUCUAAUUCGGUCACAAAUUCAAUAUUCAGUGGUGCCUUGAGAUGCGAGUGACCUAACUUAUGAGUUCUUCAUUGGAGUUUUUGCUUUAACUUACAGCCGCUGUAUGGUGGCAGUGAUCUCAUCUCGACUCACAAUAAUACUUUGGCAAAUAAUGAACAAUUCUUCUUAAAAAAAAAAAAGUCUUCAUGCUGUUUAAGGCUAC